AUGGCGACUACCGUGGAUAAGAUCAAGGACAUUGAGUCUGAAAUGGCCAAAACCCAAAAGAACAAAGCUACAUCUUUCCAUCUCGGACAACUGAAAGCCAAGCUUGCAAAGCUAAAGCGAGAACUUUUGACUCCCACAACUAGCGGCGGCGGCGCAGGGGCAGGAUUCGAUGUUGCUAGAACUGGUGUGGCCAGUGUGGGCUUCAUAGGCUUUCCUUCGGUGGGCAAGAGUACACUGAUGAGUCGACUCACUGGCCAGCACUCGGAGGCCGCUGCAUACGAGUUCACCACCCUGACAACGGUACCGGGUCAAGUGGUAUACAAUGGUGCGAAAAUACAAAUGCUCGAUCUGCCAGGUAUUAUUCAGGGAGCAAAGGACGGAAAGGGAAGAGGUCGACAAGUUAUUGCCGUUGCCAAGACAUGCCAUCUAAUAUUCAUCGUUCUUGAUGUCAACAAGCCGCUCACGGACAAGAAAGUUAUCGAAGCAGAAUUGGAAGGAUUCGGGAUCAGGAUUAACAAAAGUCCGCCAAAUAUCGUUUUCAAAAAGAAAGACAAAGGAGGCAUUAGUAUCACCAACACUGUCCCUCUAACCCACAUCGACCACGACGAGAUUAAAGCAGUUAUGGGAGAAUACAAGAUAUCGUCCGCGGACAUCGCUAUUCGGUGCGAUGCCACAAUCGAUGACCUUAUUGAUGUUCUGGAAGCGAAGAGCAGAAGUUAUGUUCCGGUUAUAUAUGCGCUCAAUAAAAUCGACGCCAUUUCGAUAGAGGAAUUAGAUUUGCUCUACAGAAUUCCAAACGCGUGCCCGAUUUCCGCUGAACAUGGUUGGAAUUUUGAUGAGCUACUGGAACAAAUGUGGGAGAGAUUGACCCUUGUGAGGGUUUAUACGAAGCCUAAAGGAAAGCUACCCGACUAUACACAGCCGGUAGUGUUACGUUCCACAAAGUGCACCGUUGAAGAUUUCUGUAAUGCUAUCCACAAAACCAUUGUGGAACAAUUCCGACACGCAAUUGUCUAUGGAAAAUCCGUAAAGCAUCAGCCACAGCGUGUCGGGCUCGGCCACGAGCUCGCGGAUGAAGACAUCAUCACCAUCGUCAAGAGGUAA